AUGGAUAAAAUUCUCAUGUCAAAAUUGGAAAACGUGUUCAAUGAGAGUUACGAGAAAUUACGUUCAUUCGAUAGCUUUUACAAAGAUGUCAAAAGAAAACUUGAUGAAAACUCGUCACGUUUAUUGAAAAGAUUUUGCAGUGAAUGUGAAGAAAAUAAACAAAGACAAAAGUGUAGAAAAAUUAUAACAACCUCUAAACGAAAUUUUAAAACAAACAGAGAUAUGAGUGCUAACUGUGAAUCGGGAAAUGAAAGAAUUCAUAAACUUUCUUUAAGUGGUGAAGAAGUUAACUUAAUAACACCAAAUAUCGAGACAAGUUUUAAUGUUCAAAAGCAGGAACAUUUUGAUAUAAACAAUAAUGACGCACCUAAACUACAUUCACAUCAGCGAAAGAUUAACAAUAGUGAUACACCACUGUCGUCGAAAGCUCCUGUUGUCGAUCUAACCUCUCCAUUGAGCUCGGUUAUUUCAAAGAUUUCAAAUGAGACUGAAGAAGCACAACUUGAGAAUGAAAUAUUAAUUGGCAAAGAUCUGAUACAGUUUAAACAUCCAUCACGACCAAUGCCACCUCUUAAACCAUUGUACACAGGAAGAAUGUUGACAUUUGAUGAUUUGAACACUGGAGAUGAAACAGAAGAUGAUAAUAUUGAGAUUGACAUAACAAAAUUUCGAAGAAAGUUACUAUCAUGGUCACUUUUAAAAAACAGAAAUCAAACCUCAAAAAUUCAAAACUUCGUUGAUUCUGAUGUUUGUGACACUUUCUUUUGUUCGAAGUUGGCGACUUUUCAUAGUCAAGCGACCAUUUUUCCAUCAUCCAAGAAAGAAGAUUUAGAUCUUAGUGAAAAGUCAGACUGAGAGAUUUAAUUUGACGGACUUUGAUAGAAAUUCGAUUUAUUUUCAUUCAUGACGGAAAGAUCACAGACUUCUUUUAAUUCCUUUUUAAUGAAAUGUAAAAUAAAAAUAUUUAUCAUAAAAAUGAAUGGGAAAAAAGAAAGAAAUAUACAAAAACUCUCUUCAUUA